AUGGCGGUUAAUCAACAAAGUGUUUGUGGUAAAGGACCCUGCUCUCUUGACUGUGUUGAAAAAGUGGUUGAAAGCUCUGAAACUUCAUCAAUCAAAAGUUUCCAAUUUGUAUUAAACGAAUACAAGAAAUGUCUUGAAACUGGUCAAUGUCUAUGUCGUAAAUUUAUUAAUCAAUUGGAUCAAUGUUGUAAUGGGAAACCUGUUUUAAAUUCAGUUUCAAUCUAUCAAGAUGAAGAAUGUUUUGGUUCAAGGUCAAGGUCUUCUCAUUUCGUUCCAAGAUGUCGUUCUAAAAAGAAGAAAUGUGGUCAAUCAAAUGAGAAAUCUAAGGAGGUUAAUAAUGAUGAUAUUAAUUGUAUUGAUUCUUGUUGUGAUGCCAAAAAACCAUUAGAUUCUGGUUGUGAUGAUGGUGCUAAGGAUUCAUGUUGUGAUGAAAUUGAUGAUAAUGGUGAUGAUUCAGUUGAUUCGUGUUGUGAUGGAAACUCCGAAGUUGCUGAUACUAAAAGCUUGGAUUCUUGUGGUGGUGAUACUAAACCAAAUCGUGAAGUUGAUGCUAAGGUUAAUGAUUCUUGUUGUGGUGGGGGUGGUACUGCUGAUGAAUUGGAUUCUUGUUGUGAUGAUAAAGUCGAAUCUGGUUGUAAGAAUGACCCCAUGGUUAAAGAUUCAUGCUGUACUGGUAAAGCCAAUCCACAGACUUGUACUAAAGGUUUGAACCCUUCUGAUUUGGAUUCUUGUUGUGGUCAAGAUGAACUUGAUGAUGAGCCUGACAAGGAUCUAGAUUCUUGUUGUGAUGAUGGAAUUGCUAUUUCUUCACCGAUUGAUAAAUUUAAUCAAAAUACCAUGGAUUUAGAAUCACAAUCAAUGACUAACCAUGUUUUUUUAAAAGUGGAAGGUAUGACAUGUACUGGUUGUUCCAAAAAAAUUCAAAAUGUUUUGAAUAAAAUUGAUUCAAUUAUUGAAAUUAAUCCAAAUUUUGUCACCGGUACUGUUGAUUUUAAAAAUUUAAAUUCAAAUGUUUGCUUAGAUGAAAUUAUCAAUAAAUUGGUUAAAAGCACAGGUUUUAGAUUUGAUAUUAUUAAUCAUGAUAGAUCUGAUUUACAAGUUUUAGAAAUUAAUUCAAAAUUACCUUUACAUGAUUUAGAAUUUAAAUUAAAAGAUCAUAUCUAUGAAAUUGAAUCAAUUGGGAAAUCAAAAGGUAAAGCUUCAUUCAUCAUUAAAUUCAAUCCUCAAUUAAUCGGUGCAAGAGAUUUAUUAUCUAAGAUUGAUGAUGAUGACAGUGAUUAUGGAUAUGAAAAAAAUUGGGAAUUAUCAACUCCAAAGGAUAAUUCAAAUGAUGGUAUUAACAUUAUUCAUUCAUUAUUAAAAUGUAUUAUUUCAUUGGUUUUAGCCAUCCCUGUUUGUGUCUUAUCAUGGUCAAAUCCUGAAAAUUUGAAUUAUAAAACAAAAUCAAUAAUUCAAUUAACUUUAGCCUCGAUUAUUCAAUUAAUUUCAAUUAAAGAAUUUUAUAUUGGUGCAAUUCGUGAAUUGUUUUUCUCUCAUGUUUUAGAAAUGGAUAUGUUGAUUGUUAUUAGUAUUUCUGCUGCUUAUUUUUAUUCUUUGGUUAUUUUUAUUAUGAAACAUGUUGGUAUUAAUACUGCUUCAAAUGAAGAAAUUUUUGAAACAAGUUCAUUAUUAAUCUCCCUAGUGUUAAUUGGUAGAUUUUUAUCAAAUUAUGCUAAAAUUAAAGCUAAAACUUCAGUUUCAAUUAAAUCUUUACAAGUUCAAAAUGCAAUCUUGUUGGAAGGAAAUAAUCAAAUUGAAAUUGAUUCUCGUUUAAUUCAAUUAAAUGAUAAAAUCAUUAUCCCAUCACAUUCAAGAAUCGUUACUGAUGGUAUAGUUAUUCAAGGUUCCUCAUCAAUUGAUGAAUCAAUGAUUACAGGUGAAUCUAUUCCAGUUCCAAAAAAUAUAAAUGAUCAAGUCAUUGCAGGUACUUUAAAUGGUUCAGGAAAUUUAAUCAUUAUGGUUACAAGAUUACCAGGUCAAAAUAGUAUUAAUGAUAUUUCUAAAUUAGUUGAAUCUGCAAUGUCAACAAAACCAAAAUCUCAAGAAUUAGCUGAUUUAAUUUCAAGUUAUUUCAUCCCAGUGGUAAUUACAAUUGGGUUUUUAGUCUUUAUUAUUUGGAUCAUUAUUGGAUUAAAAUUACAAAACAAUCCACCAGGUAAAUCAAUUUCCCAAGCAAUUACUUAUUGUAUUACAACUUUAGCAAUUUCAUGUCCAUGUGCUAUUGGGUUAGCAGUUCCAAUGGUUUUAGUUAUUACAUGUGGUGUCUUGGCUAAAAAUGGUAUUAUUGUUAAAAGUUCAAAAAUAUUAGAAAAUACAUUUAAAAUUACUGAUAUUGUUUUCGAUAAAACUGGAACUCUAACUAAUAAUAGAUUAAAUGUGGAAUUUUUAGAAAUUUUGGUCAAUAAUGAGAUUAAUGAAAUUGGUAUUAAAACUUUAAUUAAAAAAAUGACACAAAAUAAUGAACAUCCAGUUUCUAAAACUAUUUCAGAAUUCCUUAGUAAAUUUGAAUCAACUAAAGUUGAAAUAUUAGGUAUUAAAGAUAUUUCAGGUCAAGGUAUUACUGCUAAAUUUCCAAAUGGUUCAAUCUUGAAACUCGGUAAUCUAUAUUGGACAAAACAAGAUUCAAACGUUAAAGUUAUUGAUAUUUUAAAUAAAGGUUUAACAUCAUCAUGUUUAACUAUUAAUGAUGAAUUGGUUGCUAUCAUCGGAUUAAGAUCUCAAUUGGUUCCAAAUGCAUUGAAAACAAUUAAUCAUUUCCAAAAAUUAGGUAUUGUUUGUCAUAUUGUUAGUGGUGAUCAUAAAACAGCUGUUGAAGAUGUUGCAAAUUCACUUGGAAUUUCUCAAAAAAAUAUCAAAUUUAGAUCAACACCUUCUGAAAAGCAAGAAUAUAUUAAAAAUUUGAAAAUCAAAGAUUCUAAAAAAAUUAUUUUAUUUUGUGGUGAUGGUACUAAUGAUUCUGUUGCAAUUGCAGAAUCUGAUAUUGGUGUUCAAAUUGGUACAACUUCAGAUUUAACAAAUUCAGUUUCUGAAGUUGUUUUAUUAAAUGGUAUUGAAGGUUUAAUUAAUUUAUAUAAUUAUUCAAAAAAAUCAUUUAAUAGAAUUAUUUUCAAUUUUAUUUGGUCAGGUUUUUAUAAUUUAUUUGCAAUUUUAUUGGCAUGUGGUGCUUUUGUUAAAAUUAAAAUUCCACCAGCUUAUGCAGGUCUUGGUGAAUUAGUUAGUGUUUUACCUGUUAUUUUUGCUGCUUUAACAAUUUAUUGGGGUCGUUCUGAUUUGAAAAAAAAUUAA